UGAUAUUGCUGCCAACGUCCAGUUUGAAAUAUUCAUCUACGCCUCUGACACGUGCUGUCACAUUCGUUAAGUUGAUUUAACGAACGAAACACCGCUGGAAGCACUGGACCACGAAAUUCCGGGAUGUAAACAAAAAAGAAUCGAUUUUUACCAGCAGCAACUCCGCGAACAUUUCCAAAAGUUACGAUCGGCUAAAGAUGAAUUAAAACCUGAACGUCGUUGCCCGGUACGCGAACCACUGAAACGGUGCAAGAAUGUCGAUCUUUCGUAAUAAAAUAAUUUUAGUGAGCAGUGCGAUAGGCACACUUAUCGGUGGCACCGUUCUGUUGAAGGAUCGUAUGCAAGGUGCCAGCUUCGAGAAGAAUGUGCGAGCCGACGGGAAGGUGGUCAUCAUUACCGGGGCCAACACCGGCAUCGGGAAGGAAACGGCCCACGCACUGGCCCGCCGUGGCGCGCACGUUUACAUGGCCUGCCGGGAUAUGGUGAAGUGCGAGGAGGCCCGGAAGGACAUUGUGCUGGAUACGCGAAACCCGCAGGUGUACUGCCGCGAGUGUGAUCUGGCCUCGAUGCAAUCGAUCCGUCAGUUUGUGAAACAAUUCAAAGCGGAACAGCAACGGUUGGACAUUCUCAUCAACAAUGCGGGUGUGAUGCGCUGCCCCCGCACGCUCACCAAAGAGGGCAUCGAGCUGCAGCUGGGCGUGAACCAUAUGGGCCACUUUCUGCUUACCCAUCUGCUGCUCGAUACGCUGAAGCUGAGUGCCCCGAGCCGCAUCGUGGUGGUGUCCAGCUUGGCGCACACCCGCGGCCAGAUUGCGCUGGACGAUUUGAACAGCGCGAAAGCGUACGACGAGGCGAAGGCGUACGAGCAGAGCAAGCUGGCGAACGUGCUGUUCACGCGCGAGCUGGCCCGCCGGCUGGAGGGCACGGGCGUGACGGUGAAUGCGCUCCAUCCGGGCAUCGUCGAUACGGAGCUGAUGCGCCAUAUGGGCAUCUUUAACAGCUGGUUCUCGGGGCUGUUUGUGCGACCGUUCGUGUGGCCGUUCCUGAAAUCGCCCCUGUACGGUGCGCAAACAACGCUGUACGCGGCACUCGAUCCGGACCUGGAGAAGGUUAGCGGGCAGUACUUUAGCGAUUGUGCGCCGAAGGAGGUGGCCGAGCAGGCGAAGGAUGACCGGGUGGCCAAGUGGCUGUGGGCGGUGAGCGAAAAGUGGACCGGCACACUGACCGGUACGGCGGCCGUUUCCUGACAGCGGAUACUGCGUAUGAAUAACAAUAAGGAUAUUGUUAUUUUUACGACCGAUCAGCAAACAGCAGCCGGCAAUACGUCCCAAACGGCAACCGACCGACCGAGCGGAAUGGCAUCGGGAUAGGGGAAUCGUACGCACACACCAUUGUACACAUCGCACAGAAUGUAAUCUAGUCACCGUUGGUCGUUGCUAACGCUGUCUUUAUUUGCUAGUAAAAAAAAAAAAAAAAAAAAAAACAAACAAAAAUCCCUUCAAACCGAGCAUUUGCACAAUUUUCGCAAUAUUUCAAGAUCGUAUUUAAUAGAUGGCAGGAGCCGCUUUUGCAUAGCGAUACAGUGUGGAAUAAAUAGGUUACACAAAAAGUGAGGUUAACUAUUUGAUUACAUUCCUCUUUGUUUCGCGCGAACAAAAACCCCUACGAAGGGGGCGAAGAAAUGUCGACGGCUGCAGUAGUGAUGCAAUGUUAUAUCACACACAAAACCCACUAGGGUGGGGGGUUGGGGUGAGUUUUUUCCCUUCCUUAUCCAACGAGCAGGCAGGGUGAAGAAGGGGCUGGGGGGGAACAGGGGAGGUGGACCUUCGUGCAUUCGUCAUGCGAUCAAAACACUUCACUGCACGAUGACGAAGCGCAAACGAACACACAAACAUACGCGCAGCAGUGUACUAACGAGCACAUUUCUUUUGCGUGUUUUUUUGCUACAUGAAAUUUUAUUUCGCUUCCUUCUUUAUGAAACACGUACAGGGGGGAAUUUAGUUUCGAAUGUGUGGUACACUAUUUUACAUUACCGAGCGCACAUUACCUUUGCUGCAGGAAGCGGGUUGGUUGGAUGGAGUGUGGGUAAAUUUGAAAAUGAACUAUUUUAAACGAAAAUUUUUGAGGCUCACCCGAAACGGGGCGUAAAAACUAAUCCACACUUGGCGGGGGUAGGUAGAAAGGGAGCGAGUGGACAGACACAGCCCUGCACGGCGUCAGAUGAGCGCGAAGGUCAAGGUCGGCGAAGAGAUGGAGUAUAAAUAAUUCCCGGAAGCGUAGCACCUACGAUUCCUUUCUGGCUCAUACGGUUCAUCAUAGCCUACUCACGCGUCAAAGUUAAGGAAUGGUGUUGCGAGGGGUGCCCUGUCUUCAGCUCUAGUGCCGUAGUGUUAGAGAGUAAAGCGUAUAUAUUGUGCCUGUGUGUGUGUUUACUUGCGAGUAGAGAGGUUAGGGUAACGGUACUUCCGCCGUACGGUGCGCCACCAUCUUAAGGGCAAGAUUAGUUAUAUGUAGUCAAGUUUCCCUGUUUACAGCGACUUCAACUAAUAAAUCGCCUUUAAAGUGGCUUAAAAAAGCGAAGCUAAUCCUACCUUGACCGUCCUCUCCUGCCUUCCCGAUCGACCUCUGCUCCUCCUAAAUAUAUCACCACAUCCACACUAAAGCGUUCAAUUUCCUUCAAUUCUCUCGGGGGCUGGGUUGUAAGGGUUGUUCUCAUUUGCUUUGCAGAGUAAGUGAAUUUGCACAACGCAGUCAGGGGGGUUUUGUUUCGUUUCUUUUGGGGUUGAGAGUUUUCAGCCUGCCGGUAGUGUUUCUUGUUUGUGUGUUUAACCUUUCAUCCAGAUUGAUGUGCUAAUAAUUUAUUAUGCUUCAUUCCGCGAAAAAUGGGAAUACGUGCGCGCGCGUACGUACCCGUAGGUUGCGCGAUUUGUUCCCCCCCUUUCCCUCUCAAGUUGUUCUGUACCGUUGGUAUAAUUUCUGUUCCACUCCUGUCUGCGCUGCUUGUCUUGCCUUGGUUUGUGUAGUCGUGUGAUUUUACAGCUGCUCUCCCCUUGCUGGACAGUGAGCUGACAAUUUGUUUCCUAUGUUUGCUCCACACAGCUUGCUGCGCUCCCUACUGUACCACAGUCGCUCGUGCUCUCUCUUUCCUCUUCUUCCGUAAACUACGUCGCUGGGACGCCCGCGUGUGCUUGUUGUUGAUGUUGAGGAGUGAAGGAGGUUGGUGGUGGUGGU